CGCUCGCCGGCCAGCAUGGACGUCCCCUUGGCGCUGGUGCUCGUGUCCUCGCUCUCCCUGCAGGCGGCCGCCGACUUCGACGGGAGGUGGCCCAGGCAGAUAGUGUCGUCCAUUGGCCUGUGUCGUUAUGGUGGCAGGAUUGACUGCUGCUGGGGCUGGGCCCGCCAGUCCUGGGGACAGUGUCAACCUUUCUACGUCUUAAGGCAGAGAAUAGCCAGGAUAAGGUGCCAGCUCAAAGCUGUGUGCCAGCCACAAUGCAAGCAUGGUGAAUGUAUCGGGCCAAACAAGUGCAAGUGUCGUCCUGGGUAUGCUGGAAAAACCUGCAACCAAGACGAGCACGUCUACCCAACGCCUCUUGACCAAGGCAGUGAACAGCCUGUUUUUCAACCCCUGGAUCAAGCCACAAGUUUACCUUCAAGGGAUCUGAAUGAGUGUGGCCUGAAGCCGCGGCCCUGUAAGCACAGGUGCAUGAACACUUACGGCAGCUACAAGUGCUACUGUCUCAACGGAUACAUGCUUAUGCCGGAUGGGUCCUGCUCAAGUGCCCUGACGUGCUCCAUGGCAAACUGUCAGUACGGCUGUGAUGUUGUCAAGGGACAGAUCCGGUGCCAGUGCCCUUCCCCUGGGCUGCAGCUGGCUCCCGAUGGGAGGACCUGUGUGGAUAUUGAUGAGUGUGCCACUGGAAGAGCCUCCUGCCCUAGAUUCAGGCAGUGUGUCAACACUUUCGGAAGUUACAUCUGCAAGUGUCAUACAGGCUUCGACCUCAUGUACAUUGGAGGCAAAUACCAAUGUCAUGAUAUAGAUGAAUGUGCCCGAGGUCAGCACCAGUGCAGCAGCUUUGCUCGAUGCUACAACGUACACGGGUCCUACAAGUGUAAAUGCAAAGAAGGGUACCAGGGCACUGGACUGACUUGUGUGUAUAUCCCAAAAGUCAUGAUUGAGCCUUCAGGUCCAAUUCAUGUGCCAAAAGGGAAUGGUACCAUUUUAAAUGGUGAUGGAGGACAUAGUAACUGGAUUCCCGACGUUGGAAGUACCAGGUGGCCUCUGAAGACACCACAUAUUCCUCCUGUCAUUACCAACCGACCCACUGCUGAGCCAAGAACAAGCCCUACACCGACGCCAACAACACAGCCAACUCCACCACCGCCACCACCCCCCCUGCCAACAGAGCUCAGAACACCACCACCACCAACCCCAGAAAGGCCAACCACCAGGCUGACAACUGAGGCACCAGCUGCCACUACCUCUACAAGAGGGAUUACAGUUGACAACCGGAUACAGACAGAUCCUCAGAAACCCAGAGGAGAUGUAUUCAUUCCACGGCAGCCUUCAAAUGAUCUCUUUGAAAUAUUUGAAAUAGAAAGAGGAAUCAGUGCAGACGACGAAGCCAAGGACGAUCCAGGUGUUCUGAUACACACUUGUAAUUUUGACCAUGGACUCUGUGGAUGGAUCAGGGAAAAAGAAAAUGACUUGCACUGGGAACCCAUCAGGGACCCUGCAGGUGGACGGUAUCUGACCGUAUCGGCAGCCAAAGCCCCAGGGGGAAAAGCCGCUCGCUUGGUGCUACCUCUCGGCCAUCUCAUGCACUCAGGGGACCUUUGCCUGUCCUUCAGGCACAAGGUGGAGGGGCUGCACUCGGGCAGCCUCCAGGUGUUUGUGAGGAAACACGGGGCCCACGGAGCAGCCCUGUGGGGAAGAAAUGGUGGCCAUGGCUGGAGGCAGACCCAGAUCACCUUGCGAGGGGCUGACGUCAAGAGCGUCAUCUUCAAAGGUGAAAAAAGGCGUGGUCACACUGGGGAGAUUGGAUUGGAUGAUGUGAGCUUGAAAAAAGGCCACUGCUCUGAAGAACGCUAACAACUCCAGAACUAGCAAUGAACUACUGUGUUGCUCCCUCUUCUUUUUUCCAAUCCUCACCUUCUCUCCUCUUCUCCCUCUUGACAGGCUUAAGAGAAGAGUGGGUCAGUCGGUCAGGAGAAAGUCUGGUUGGUGACCCGUGUCUCAAUGGCCUGCUUUUGCAAUCCCAAUGAGCAGUGACAAGGGUACCUGUAGACACAUAUAAACCACCUUUUGGUGUUGCCUUCCACCCUAUGUCUCUUUUAGGAAGGCCUUUGGUGUGGUGAUCCAUACUAUCUUUCAUCCUGGUUACAAGAUGCUCCUUGUAGCAAAAUAUGGAAGUUUUCAAAAGGAAACUGUGCAAGUGGCCAUUCUGUUGUCUGUUGAGUGUCGCACCAUGAGUAGUAUUGGCUUCCCUUAAGAUGAGAUGUACAACGUGCUUGUGAAAUCGGUUUAUCCUCUUCAUUUUAGUUAGUUCCGGCCUGACCUGAACUCUGACUUUUACUGUUGAUUACUUUGUAAAAGAAGGGUGUGUAAUAUAUCGAGAUGCAUCUAUUCUUGUUACCCGUAUUUUUCUUUUAAAGACAAUUAUGUAGAGUGGGCACGUAACCUCUCGUAAGUAGUAUUGUGCUUUGUGUAAAUGUGCUAUUGAUAUUAAGUAUUUACGUGUUCCUAAGAUUUACAGACUCUAGUUGCAAGGUAAAAGGCAGCUUGUGAUCUCUUGAGUUAAAAAACACAUGGUGAAAUGUCAUUCGGUUCUAUGACCUUGUAUUGGAAGCAAAAGAAUAUCGGCAGAAGUGUCAGGUUGUGGUAGAAGAGUGAUGAAUUUUUCUAAUGGCCUUGAGUUUGAUCUCUAUGAAGGAUAGUAAAUCAUUCAGGGAGACAAGAAACUGCAGUUAAUCCAACUAUUACAAGUUAUACUUUAAGACAAACAGCUUUUACCAUCAUAACAUGGCUUUCGGGUAGUUUGUGAGAAGCAUUGUAAAACUUCCGGUUGUUUCAGAGAAAAUAUCUUGUUGGUGGAAGCAGAGUGAGAGGAAGCAUGGGGAAAGCGCCAUGGGACAGAUUUUCAUCUUGCUUUAAAUUGAUGCAACUUAGGCAGGUGUAGCUUGUAAGUUAUGAGCUGUAUCAAAAUGGAAGAAGAUGCAAGUCCUGGGCUUAGAGGCAUUGGAUGUGUUGGAAUGAGCUCUAUUUCGAGAAGCAGGAUAAGAUUGGAAUUGUAAGAUCCAUGAAUGCCCAGUGAUAUUUCUUCCUUGCAUAUUCUACCUUUAUUCUAAAAAAAGAAAAA